GCAGCUGUCCACACAUCUGCAAACUCUCAUUAUGGACAUCACAGAUCGAUUCCAACUGUCAUCUGCUGUGGAGUGCUUCUAGAGCAAAAGCACCUGUUCACCAGUCAGUUGUGCAGAGGGAAUGUGGGUGUGGAGGUGAAAUAAAGGCAUUGGAACCGAAGACAUCUGUGUGGUCCACAUCGAUCACCUGCAGCGGAUUACUAUUUAAGUGAACCCAGCUUAGGGAAGCAUCAACCUCUUCACAGAUAUGUUUAAGUGCCCAGUAUUGGCUGCAUUGCUGGUGUUUUGGCUCUGUCAUGGUUCUCCUGUUAAAGCCAACGUGAUCUGCGAUGAUUCCACAAUGACAGUAGGGGUUGAGAAAUCUUCGUACCCUGGAGUCCGAGUGGAUCAUUUGCAGAUCAACCAAGACCCCAACACCGCCUGCAGCAUCCGCUCCAACAGCACUCACUUCUACGCCGUCAUCCCCCUCAACAGUUGUGGCACAGAGCUCGAGGAAACCGACGAAAAUCUUAUUUUCAAGAAUAGAAUCUCAAUGGUUCCCAACUCAAUCGACGUGAUCACCAGGAAAUGUCUGCUGGAGGUGAAAAUCAACUGUCUGUACCCCAAACGUGGAAACGUGACUCUGAGCUUCAGAGCACACAGGAUGAACGUUGAAGUGGUGGAGAAAGGCUUCGGCAGGUUCAAAUACCAGUUUGAGUUCUAUCCUAACAGAAAAUACAUAUCCCCAUAUAAUCCAGAUUCAUACCCUCUGCAGUGUGAACUCAAGAGCAGGAUCUACAUGCAGAUAGAAGCCAUCUCCUCCAUGGAAUACGCUGAGAUGUUUGUGGAGUCCUGCAGAGCUUCACCAUACGACAUCCAAAACUACCGAAAAACCUACUCCAUCAUUGAGAAUGGAUGUAAAGUGGACUCGACUGUUGAAAUCUAUGUCCCCUCCCACCAGAGACAAUUCAAGUUCAGCAUUGAGGCCUUCAAGUUUAUCGGCUUGCAUGAUCAGGUGUACAUCAGCUGUUCAGUCAUGAUGUGUGAGAAAGACAGCCCCAACACCAGGUGUUCACAGGGAUGCAUCAACGGAAGCAGAAGAAAGAGAGAAGCUGGAAAUCAGACUACAAUACACUUCGUUUCCCAGGGUCCCCUGCGCUUAAAGAGAUCAGCAGAGAGCAACGAAAGCCCAGUGCUCCACCUGAAUCUGAACCUGGUAUUCAUCGCUGGAUGUCUUCUUGGAGCUGUUGGCAUGAUCAGUGCAGUGGUCAUGUACAAGGCCAAAAUGUCAAAGGUCAAAUACCAACCUUUGCUCCCAUUUGAAAGUUAAGACAGCACGCAGAAUACCAGUUCUGAAUUAAUUACAUUUGACUACAUACAGCUUUUUUUUAUUAGUUUUGUUAUAAGAUAUUGAGUGCAUGUAUCUUCUAUCACAUAAACACCUUUAAAAAUGUCCAAAGCUUUUAAAGUGAAAGUUCUUCAGCGAGGAAAAACCUGUGCUUGUGCA